AUGUGCUAUUAUGGCAACUACUAUGGCAACCUGGGCUAUGGCUAUGGCGGCCUAGGCUGUGGCUAUGGCGGUGGUUACGGUUGUGGCUAUCGAGGCUAUGGUGGACUCUCUACUACUGAAAUCAUGUGCUACUACGGCAACUACUACAGAGGCCUGGGUUAUGGAUAUGGUGGUCUGGGCUAUGGCUAUGGCUGUGGUUAUGGUAACCUAGGCUAUGGCUAUGGUGGCCUGGGCUGUGGCUAUGGCUGUGGUGGAUAUGGAUAUGGCUGCUGCCGCCCAUCUUGCUGUGGCAGAUACUGGUCCUAUGGUUUCUACUGA